AUGCCGGCGACCACAGAGGACUCAUGUCUCUCCAACCUGUGGCGUCAAAGGGAGGGUGCCAAGACUUUUUAUACCGGAAAAACCACCUUGGGAGUGGGGGUGAAGAGCGGGGAUGGGGAUGAAAAUGUUUCGGACAUUCCAAGGCCAUGGCGUCUCGUGUCCUUUCCCCCUGUGUGCGCCUCUGCCCCGGGUCUCCAUGCUGCCGCCGCCCAGCCUUUCAGCACCGCUCUGUGCUCCGCGGGGACCCGGACGGGGCGCGGGCCUUCACAGCCGGCCUCGGCGCACGCGCAGGUUCCAGGCAGAGUUACACAGCUGUGCCGCCAGCAUUGCGAAGCGCCCCCUUUGACAUCAGAGGGCAUCCAGGACCGUGUUCUUUACGUAUUGAAACUCUGUGACAAGAUGGACCCAGAGAAGCUUUCCGUAAACUCUCAUUUUAUGAAAGACCUGGGCUUCGACAGUUUGGACCAAGUGGAGAUUAUCAUGGCCAUGGAAGACGAAUUUGGGUUUGAAAUUCCUGAUUUAGAUGCGGAAAAGUUAACGUGUCCACAAGAAAUUGCAGAUUACAUUGCAGAUAAGAAGGAUGUAUAUGAAUAAAGUAUCAGACCCUUUAGCUUUGUUGAGAGAGGACACAGAUGAUACUGAUGAAUGGCAGUGAGGACACAGCUCGGCAUUAUUGCUGGCUCUGACA